GUGCUAGGUGUUUGAUGUUGAUUGUAAACGAUUUCCAGUUUUAAAUUCUACCCUUAAAAAAAAGAAAAAAGUUAAAUAAAUAAAAAUAAACUAAAAAACAGAAAAGAAUACAAAACCCAUGUCUGCUCUAACUCACCCACUCUCUGAUCCUUCCAAGGUAAUACAGAAGAGGAGAGGAUCUGAUGGGUCCGAUGAGGACGAUCCGAGCGGAAGUAAAUAUUCUAGGAUGGAAGACGACAGCUUGCAGGACAAAGAAAGAUUCGCAAGCCGAGAAAACCACUGCGAAAUAGAGAGACGUAGGAGAAACAAGAUGACUGCCUACAUAACCGAACUGUCGGACAUGGUUCCAACAUGCAGCGCCCUAGCAAGAAAGCCAGACAAACUGACUAUUCUCAGGAUGGCUGUGGCUCAUAUGAAAGCCUUAAGAGGAACAGGAAACACAAGUUCGGAUGGCACGUAUAAACCAUCGUUUUUAACUGACCAGGAAUUGAAACAUUUAAUCUUAGAAGCUGCUGAUGGAUUUUUAUUUGUUGUUACGUGUGACACUGGACGUGUAAUUUAUGUAUCUGACUCUGUCACACCUGUUUUAAACCAAUCACAGAACGAUUGGUAUGGUUCUGUUAUUUAUGAGCACCUCCAUCCAGAAGAUGUGGACAAAGUACGGGAACAACUUUCAACCCAAGAGCCACAGAAUUCUGGCAGGAUUUUGGAUUUAAAGACUGGAACUGUGAAGAAAGAAGGCCACCAAUCAUCAAUGAGACUGUGUAUGGGUUCCCGGAGGGGAUUCAUAUGUAGAAUGCAAGUGGGAAAUGUCGGACCGGACACACUGACAGUGAGCCAUCUGAAUCGGCACAAGCAGAGAAAUUCGCUGGGCCCGUCAAGAGAUGGCCACAAUUACGCAGUUGUCCACUGCACUGGAUAUAUCAAAAAUUGGCCUCCGACAGGUCAAUUUGAUAAUCAUCCUUUGUCAGCAGUUCAAAUGGAAAGAGGUGUUGAAGAUGAUGGUACACAUUGCUGUCUUGUAGCCAUUGGUAGGCUCCAAGUUACAUCAACACCAAAUACUAGUGAUAUUUCAGGGUCUAGCAGUAAUUCUGAAUUUAUAUCUCGCCAUUCAAUGGAGGGAAAAUUCACGUUUGUUGACCAAAGAGUAAUUACUAUAUUAGGCUAUUCUCCACCAGAACUACUUGGAAAAUCUUGUUUUGACUUUUUCCACCAUGAAGACCAAACGCACAUGAAGGAAUCUUUUGAACAAGUUGUAAAAUUAAAAGGCCAAGUGAUGUCAGUAAUGUAUAGAUUUCGAACUAAAAACAGGGAUUGGUUGUGGUUAAGGACGUCCGCCUUUGCGUUCCUAAAUCCUUACACCGAUGAAGUCGAAUAUAUUGUCUGCACAAACACUACUGCAAAGUCACUUCAAACUGGACCUGAAAACGAGGCUCCACAACCAGAAAAUGUCAACUAUCAACCAGGAGUUGACUACAGCUUACAAAGAUAUUCAACUCACAUUCCGCAGCACAAUCUUCACGGUGCAGAUGCCAGAGCCAGCCAUGUUUACAAUUAUGAAACUACGCAAUCACCACUGGAAUAUGUGACACCUGCCCAACAAACCAUGGCCCGAAUAAACAAACCAACAGCAAGUCCUACACCUGCCCAGUCAGCAUGGACUUUAUGUCAGCCUGUGAGUGAAGGGUAUCAGUAUAGUGAGGUGAGUCCGUCUCGGUCACCAACUGGACCAACAUACACGCAACUCAGUGGCGGAAAUAGAGCGACUCAAGCUCCCUAUCAAAGUACCACAAAUAACCCUGGUUUAUGGCCAUGGCAGUCCCAAGGUCAACCGGAUGGACAGGGUACAAGCAAUAGUGCCGGUCAUCCCGUAGGCAGUGGAACCGGGCAGCCCAAUCCGCCACAUGAACUAUCUGAUGUGAUGAUGAUGCAGAUGUUGGACCAACAGUCAACAUUUGAAGACCUAAAUAUGUUUAAUGAAUAGCAGAUAAAGACUUAGUUAAACAAGGUUGUCCAAGUCUAAAUUGUACUCAAGGACAUCAACCUGGUUUGCUAAUGCCAUAGUUAUGAGAGUGAAUUAACAUAAGUGUAAAUAUAUAAUUUUAAAGAAAAAGGAUUGAAAAAAUAAAUAAAUAAUAUGAAAUAAAGCUACUGUUGUAUUUAUUUGCAAUUUUAGAUUUGUGCUUGCGAUCUUUAUUGAGCUGUGUACUUUUAGAAGUUUUCUAGGUAGGUCAAGAGAUAGCAAGAAUUUUGUGAAUUAAUAAUGAUUUUUAUUAGCAUUUUUAAAACUCUUAUUUAUGUAAAAGCAAUAUUGCCAUCUGUGGAUGGAAAAUAGCACAUUUUUUAAUUAUCAGUGCUAAAAAAACAUGCUAUUCUGCCUUAAGGAGUGUUUUUGGCUCACUCAAUUUAUUUAUUUGUGACUGUCAUUAAUUUUUAAAAUUGGUGUUUAUAUAUGUAUAUGUAUUAUUGGACUUAUUACCCUUUUAAAAUUAAAAA